AUGUCGAAAGAUCCACAAAGAACUCGCCUUGUGAAAUGGUGGCCGAUCGGCUUCGCCAUCGCCGCCGUCAUCUUCUUCGUUAUCGGCGCUGCCCUCCUUGGCACCUACUUCAACUCGUCCUAUUCGUCCUGCGAUGACUACUAUUACUCCUACUACAGCAGCAGUUACUGCUACGACGGGAACAAUGGCGAAUUCUACGGUGGCAUCGCCUGUAUCGUGAUUGGAGGUAUAUUAAAGCUCGUCGCUUGGAUCCUCUUUAUCAUUUGGUGUGUGAAGCGCAAUCGGAUCCAGCAAAACAAGAUCACAUUCAUCAACAACGCGCCGGCCGAAGCACCACAGCAGCAGUAUGCUGCGCCUCAACCUAUGUACCCUAUGCAGCCGGGUGCUACUUACGCUCCAUCCGCUUCGCCCGGUCCUGGUUUUGCUGAAGCUGCUGGCACACCUUCGCCGAAGGAGGGUGUCGCGUCGGCGACGGCUUACAAGUAUUGUAGCCAGUGUGGGGUGGCUGCUCAUGGGCGGUUCUGCUCGCAGUGUGGUACUCAGUGCUGA